GCUCAUUUAAAAGCUCGAAAAUCAAUUAAUCAACAAUUGGAAAGAAAGGGGGGUCCGGGUGAAAGUGUCAUAUUUUUAAACAUUGGUAAUUCAAUGGAAUCAUUCUUAAUGGAUCUGAAAUGUGAUGGGUUGUACCGCUCCUGGCCGUUUCUCACAACCAAACUGGUGGUUGACAAGGCUACGAUCCCAUUAGCAGAGUUUGCAAUCAGCCAUUUUAUUGCUUUGGAGGAACGUGUCGAAAAGAUUGUGAAGGACUUUAAAUACCGAAGCAGUCAGUUCACACCACCUGUACAGAUAUCCUAUAUGCGCAACUUCCAAAUACGCCACAA